AUUGUUCUGCCACUGCCGCGGCCGUACCCCGCCCCGCAUGCUGCCCGGAAUCAGCGCCUCCGCCGCCGCAGCCCUUCCAGAAAUCUCCAUCCCGAAUCCUCCGCGCCCCCGCCUGCCCCCGCGCAUCCCGCAGCCCCCGCCCCCGCGCAUCCCGCAGCCUUGGCGUCGUGGCCGCCGCCUCUGCUCCCUCCUCCAUCCCGCGCAACAACGACGACCGUCGGGGCCUCGCCUGGCAGAUCAAGCGGGGAAUCCACCCGCCAGGCGUCUCCCUGACAGUGGUAGACGGUGGCGGCGAUGGGGGCCGAGAGCGAGGAUGCCCCUUCCCCAUCCUCUACCCUCCCUUGCGAUUCCAGCAUUGGUGCCCGCAUCCCCGCCGUCCGAAGCAUGGCGCUCUUCGUCUCCUCCCUCGCCGCCGCCCUCUCCCACCUCUCCCUCCCAUCGACCUCCAACCCCAAGCCUCACCCAGCCUCGCUCCUGCGCCUGCGCUCCACCUACCGCCGCGCUGUUAGCCUCGCGGUGGCCGGAGCAAGAACGGCAAUAGGAUGAAGCUGCUGCUGUCCAACCCCUACGGCUUCAGCAGCCCCCGACAUCGUGUGUCGGGAUCUGGGACUCCAGCGGCAAGGCGACCACUAUGCCGCACGGGCGCGGUGCAGGAGCUCCUCCAGCGGCGCCGCAACUGCCUCUGAGCCCUCAUGGUCCAGCUCGAGUGCUCGACGCACCCGCUCCGCACCCGCCCUUGUCCCCCAGGUGUCGGCGUGCGGGAUUCGGUAACGGUGUUGGAGCUCAUCCAGUGGCGCCGCAACCGCCUCCGAUCCCUCAAGGUUUGGCUCAAGGCUGAUGGCCAGGUCGACCGUCUCCUCCAUGCGCAGGGGAAGAGGAAGGAGCUGGAGCAGACGGUGAAUAGCUUCUCUGAUUUCUCCCUCUCCGGUCCUGUUGCAAAGAGCCACAAACUGGUUAGGAUGUCUUGGAUCAUCAGACAGAUCAGCAUGACUUGCAAGCAGCUAGCUACUGUUUACAGAUGUCCUCUACUUGCCAAAAAAUAACAAAGGGGUUCUCGUUCUUGAAAGCUGCAUAGAUAGCACCUCAACUUGGCCACUAAAACAACUAAGUUUUUUUAUGGACAUGUCUGAUGUUUUUCUCAAUAAUUGUGCAAAUUUUCCUUUCAUAAUUUUCGUCGUCGGGGGGCAGGAACCGGGCGGUGUACGUGCUGGCGCAGUGCACGCUGGACAUGCCGCCGGACCACUGCCGGGCCUCCUCGAUGGAGCCAUGGCAGAGAGCGGCGACGGAAGGUCAGCGGCGACAAGAUGGACGUGGCGGUCUUCGGGGCGCGGUGCACCCUGCGGUAUGAGAUGGACCUGCAGUUCUUCAAUGUCACUGGCAACAGCAAGAUGCUGUCCCUAUAUUUUUACAGAUAUUUUUAAUAAUGACCUCAGUGGACCCUAUGCAUUUCUUGAGCCACCUUUUGUUCAAAGAUCCCUUCUAUAUAAGAUACAGGCAAGGAGAAAAAAUAGGAUUCAGAUAACUGUAUCACUUUCUGCAAGUACAAAUACACAAACACAGAAUAUCUUUCCCUUUAUGUACUUUUAGCUAGACCUUCCAGUAAUAUUUCGCUUGAGGGGGUAGGUGCAACUCUCCUCAGUUUGUGAAAACGAGUAAUGAAUUUUUAAGUUUGCCUACUAUAGGAUCUUAUUUCUGAUGCACGAUUCAUU